AAUGUAAAUACGUGUACUGUUACUGAUAUAUUUGUUUACCUUAUAUCAAAGACUUUUGCAAUCGUUUUUAUGAAGUGUUUGCAAUUUUCGACCACUUUCAAUACAUACAAAUACUCUAGUGAAAGUUAUAGGUAGUCGAAAAUCAAAAAAUAUGGAAGAGACAUUUAUGUUGAUAUCUUUGGUGUUGGUUAUGUUAAUAGGAUCGUUUUUAUCAGGAAAUAUACCCCUGUUUUUCAUAUUCUCAGACGACAGACUGAAGAAGAUAACGGUUUUCGGCGCUGGCCUCUUGAUAGGUACAGCGUUGGCUGUGAUCAUACCUGAAGGCAUAAGGGCAUUGGCGAUAGAAAAACCACACAACCACACAGUCGAAGAGGAUGACCACAGCGACCCCUUUGGCCCCAUCGGAAUCAGCUUAGUUUUAGGGUUUAUCUUCAUGCUACUCAUAGAUCAGAUUUUCCAGAACAGGAACGAGAACGUCAACGGGCCUGAAAGGAUAAACACUGCCACCAUCGGUCUGGUGGUUCACGCAGCGGCCGACGGUAUAGCCUUGGGGGCUGCUGCCACCACCAGUCAGACCGAUGUGGAGAUCAUAGUUUUCCUGGCCAUCAUGCUGCACAAGGCCCCUGCUGCCUUCGGCCUAGUUACUUACCUGAUGCAUUCCGGAGUUGAAAGGACGAAAAUAAGGAAGCAUCUGUUGAUUUUCUCCCUGGCUGCCCCUGUCUUGACCAUCGUUACUUAUUUCGGCAUAGGACAGGAGUCCAAAGAGACCCUGAAUCAUUUCAAUGCGACAGGUAUUGCUAUGCUUUUCUCGGCUGGUACUUUCCUGUACGUGGCAACGGUGCACGUCUUAUCCGAGCUGAUGCAGAGCUCCCACGACCAUUCUUCGUACUCGAAAUUGCCCACCCUGGAAAACAGCAAGCCCUCUUCGCUCCUGAGACCGAUGGAUCUGUUUGUGCUGGUGCUUGGAUCACUGACGCCCCUGCUGCUGACCCUAGGUCAUCACCAUCACUAAUUUGAUCCCUUUAACCGGUCUAGAUCCAGAAUUUGGUCUUUCUUUACCUUUUAAAUCGUCCUAUUAGACUUAACGGAAGGACGUUGAACUAAAUUAAUCAGUUGUUGAAAACAGAGGAAAAUGAGUUUGAUUAUUAUUAAUUUCACGUUAUACCCAGUGAUUAAAUUAAUGGAGAGUACCGGUGAAGCGUUUAAACUCAUUUUUUUUCUGAUAGAUUUUAAAUUCUCGGUCGGAUGGAACAUUCUGUUUUGUGAUAUUUUCAAAGGUGCUUCUAUAUUCACCUUACAUUAAUUCCGAUUUAAUGGACUCUUCAAAGGGCAAAUGUAAUUAGUCGUCAUGAUUUCUUAAGGUUAAUUUCAUUUUAGGACGUCAGAGAGGAAGAUUGUCGAAAGUUGCAGAGACCUAAGGCGAUGUUAUAAACGAAUAAUUCAAUGGACUUAAACUGUGACGAUUGAUUGUUUAUUUAGUCUAACUGCAAAUCGACAAGGUAUCUAUUUUAUAAUUUUUGAUAUAUGUGAUUUUCCUAUUGAACCGCAUAUCGUUGUAUGUGUCAAAGUUAAAGGAGCCCUAUUUAUACCACACGUUUGAUAUUUAUUUCCUGGCGUUCCUUUAAUCCCAGAUAAAUCCGGUUUUUUUUUUUGGACUAGUCAUAUUUCUACAAGAAUUAUACACAUAGUUUCCCAGAUGAUUUGGAGGUGUUUCUCCAUGAAUAAUUUUUUAUUCUACUUGAAUAAACCGAUUUUUACA